UGCACAUAUGUGCUUCUGUUCGUGACACUCCCCAACUCACUCAGCAUUCCGGCUCCAUCGGCAGUUCCUGAAUUGCGUCUGAGCAGUUUACCACUCAUAAACGAAAAUCUUCUUGGUCUCUCCGCGAAGAGUGUGCAAGGAUUCGAUGCAAAGAGUGACUUGUUCACGCGUCCGCGAGCGAUAGCUGUUGUUCGAGUUGAUGGAAUUGACUCUUUGAAUAGUAAGGAUCACACAACAUACCAACUCGAGAAUGUUAGUUUCCGGCUCAUCCUCAUAAAAUUCGAUCGUGAGAGUGUUUCAGUGAACCGCGAUGGUAUCAGUGGAUCAGAAAUUGCCAAGGUUGCCACCACGCAAGAGAUUAAAGACGUGGCAAUCAAAACGAAACUGACGGCUCUGCGCCAAGAACUUGAAAAUGUUCAUCGUUUGGCCGACGCCAUCGCCUCUCAAGGGGCCAAGUUUGAGAAGUCGAAUGCGGCCGACGUCUACCGUGUGACGAUAAGCGGUCUGGCUGGCAAACAACUCAACUCUGAAGAUCUUGACAUAGCAGUAAAGGAUAUUCAAAAUGCCGUCAACAAGCUUGCACAAGCCUUGGCAACUGCCUAUGGCGAUCAGGCUAUUGUGGAAGUUGUUGCUAUUUCCGAAACAAGGGUAGGAAAUUUUAUCACCUUAACAUGGCGUGAGCAACUGAAUGUUUACGUCUUCACUUCCACUGAUUAUCCUGCCAUAUUUGCUAUUUUCGCUGGACUAGUCAUAGCCUUAGUACUGGCUGUUCUGUAUACUGCUGUUGGAAUGAUGAGCAUGGACCCAAGCAAAGAUUCAAUCAUCUAUCGGAUGACAACGACUCGAAUGAAGAAGGCUUGA